AUGGCCAGGUUUGGCAGUCGGGUGGUCUCCGCCCUCGAGCUGGAAUCCAGCCAGGACUCGCGCUGGUCUAACGAAGAUCUGCUUCCCACUCCUCCGGAGCAGUGCACCUGGCGCUGGUGGAACUAUGUCUCGUUCUACUGGUCCAUCUCUUUUACCAACUGGACCUUGGGAUCGACCAUGAUCGGCAUCGGUCUUAACUGGUGGCAGUCGAUUAUCGUCAUCUUCGUCUCCCAGCUCAUCUCGUCCGUCGCCAUGGCAUUCAACUCGCGCGCCGCCAGUGUAUAUCAUCUUGGAUUUCCCUGCGUCGGGCGCAGCGUGUUUGGCAUGUGGGGGAGCUACUACUUUGUCGGUGCACGAGCGGUGCUGGCCAUCGUGUGGUUUGCCAUUCAGAUGGACUUUGGCGCCGAAUACAUGUACAACAUUCUGCGGGCGAUUUUCGGUCACCAUUACACCGACAUCCCCAACCACAUCCCAUCCAGCGCAGGUAUCACCACGCAGAAGAUGCUGGCCUUCUUCCUCUGCUGGCUGGUGCAUCUGCCCUUCUGCCAUUUCCGUCCCUACCAGCUGCGCAAGUUCUUCAUCUUCAAGACCUUCAUUUCCCUGCCCGCCAUGUUCGGAUUGUUCAUUUUCGCCAUGGCCAACACUAAGGGUCAGCUGGGGACGAUGUACACGGCCGAGGCACGAUCCACGACAGCAACCGCCUGGAUGAUUAUUGCGGGAAUCAACAGUGGCUUGGGUAACACGGCCACGUUGAUCACCAACCAACCCGACUACUGCCGCUGGACUAAAACUCGCAAUGCCCCGCUCUGGACCCAGUUGCUCUCGAACCCGAUCGCGGUGACGCUCUCGGCGAGUCUGGGUAUUCUGGCGACAGCCGCCAUCAACAACAAAUACGGCACCGACAUCUGGAACCAAUGGGACAUGAUGGAAUUCAUCCUGGACCAUUACUGGUCCGGCACGACCCGAUUUGCCGUGUUCCUCGUGGCCUUUGCCUGGCUGGUACAGAUCCUCGGAACCAACAUCGCGGCCAACAUGAUCUCCUUCGGUGCCGAUUCCUCCAUGCUGUUCCCCCGAUUCAUCAACAUGCGUCGCGGACAGUACAUCGUGCAGACGCUCGCGUGGGCCGUCGUGCCAUGGGAGAUUCUCACGUCGGCGACGAAGUUCGAGGACUUUUUGUCCGGAUAUGCGUUGUUCAUGGGUGCUGUCGUGGCCAUCAUGGUGUGCGAGUACUUCUGCUUCGCUAAAGGCAACAUUUUCCUCUCAUCCCUGUAUGACGGCACGAAACUCAACAAAAACUACCGAUACUACGGCGGGUGGAACAUCCAAGCCGUGAUCGCAUACAUCAUUGCCAUUGCGCUGCCAUUCCCUGGUACAUUUAUCCUUUCAUCUCCCAUAACUCACCAGAUUUUAAUAAUUACCUGUACAGGUUUCGUCGGCUCUCUCGGCGCCAGCGUCUCCAUAACCGCGACCCGCAUGGGCGAUCUCGGGUGGAUCCUAUCCUUCACGACCGCAUUCGUGAUGUACUACAUCAUCUGCACGUUCUGGCCCACGGAGAACCAGAAAUUGAUUAAGAAGCAGGGGUUGACGUGGGAGCAGACGGCUCAGGAUACGGACCCGCAGGACUUCUAUCUUAACGGGGCGGGACUUGGGGGUGCGGAUGAGCCGGUGGCGGCUCAUCAGCAGGUGGUCGUUGAGAAGGGGGUCGUGGAGAAGGAUAUAUAA